AUGCCGUUCCCAUUUGGAAAGUCUCACAAAUCUCCUGCAGAUAUCGUGAAGAACCUGAAGGAGAGCAUGGCUGUUCUGGAAAAGCAGGACAUUUCUGACAAAAAGGCAGAAAAGGCUACAGAAGAAGUUUCCAAAAACCUAGUUGCCAUGAAAGAAAUUCUAUAUGGCACAAAUGAAAAAGAGCCACAGACAGAAGCAGUGGCCCAGCUAGCUCAAGAACUGUAUAACAGUGGGCUCCUUAGCACCCUGGUAGCUGAUUUACAGCUCAUUGACUUUGAGGGCAAAAAAGACGUGGCUCAAAUUUUCAACAAUAUCCUCAGAAGACAAAUUGGUACAAGAACUCCUACUGUUGAAUACAUCUGCACCCAACAGAAUAUUUUGUUCAUGUUAUUGAAAGGGUAUGAAUCUCCAGAAAUAGCUCUAAAUUGUGGAAUAAUGUUAAGAGAAUGCAUCAGACACGAACCUCUGGCAAAAAUCAUUUUGUGGUCGGAACAGUUUUAUGAUUUCUUCAGAUAUGUCGAAAUGUCAACAUUUGACAUAGCUUCAGAUGCAUUUGCCACAUUCAAGGAUUUGCUUACAAGACAUAAGUUGCUCAGUGCAGAAUUUUUGGAACAGCAUUAUGAUAGAUUUUUCAGUGAAUACGAGAAGCUCCUUCAUUCAGAAAAUUAUGUGACAAAGAGGCAGUCACUGAAGCUUCUUGGUGAAUUACUGUUAGAUAGACACAACUUCACAAUUAUGACAAAAUACAUCAGUAAACCUGAGAACCUGAAAUUAAUGAUGAACCUUCUGCGGGACAAAAGCCGCAACAUCCAGUUUGAAGCCUUUCACGUAUUCAAGGUGUUUGUGGCCAACCCCAACAAGACGCAGCCCAUCCUCGACAUCCUCCUCAAGAACCAGGCCAAGCUCAUCGAGUUCCUCAGCAAGUUCCAGAACGACAGGACCGAGGACGAGCAGUUCAACGACGAGAAGACCUACUUAGUCAAACAGAUCAGGGAUUUGAAGAGACCAGCGCAGCAAGAAGCCUAAUUUCCAAUAAACAUCUAAAAUACUAAAUCCAAAUUCAGCAUUUGCUGUUAGCUAUUCAGCAUCAGGCACUCUUUUCAAUUCAUGAGGAACAUUACUGCUAAUCUGCUGUUAAGUGAACGGUUUUUCAUUUUACCAUUUUGUUUUUCAGUCCAGGUUGGAGAACGUAGCUGCUGCCGCUUGCACACUAGAGCACACGUGGGCUUCCUCUUGGUCUUUGUGUUGUUUCAGAAUUCAGAGACUCUGCUUGCUGGGGAGUCUGACCAUGGGGGGCUUGUGAAGGACUGGAAGGGGAGCGCGUGCGGGGAAGAGGACGUGGGUAGGGUCGGCUUAGACCUGUGUGCCUCGCUCCUCUGGUGAAGACCUGCGCUGUGUGGUGUGCGCACCUGGCUCCUUCGUCAGAUCCUUCGCUGCCUCCAGGGGAAGAGCGUGUGCACAGAGCUGUGCUGGACGCCAGGGGGGAGCGCUGUCUGAGAUGCGAGCUUUGGGGGUGGAUAGGAAGUUGAUGUGUGAAUAAAUUGAUACUGAAACUUAGCAACUUUUCAAAGGUGUGAAGCUUAAUAAGGUCAUAAGGAAAAUGUAUAUAUGCUUUUCAUGGCUUUAGAACUUUUUGACAUUUGAUUUUCUUGAGACUUGUAAACCUGGAUAUGUUGAAGGGUAUUUGUUAAUUUUACUUUUUGAAGGUAUUUUAAAACAGUAGAGCUAGCAAAGACACCUGGCAUUUCAUUUCAACACUGCUUACAGGUUUCUUUUGUAUAUAAUUCUUAGGAUGCUCAUUUCUUUUAAAAGGUUUAAUUUGUACAGCAGAGGAAUGUUAUUGUAGUAGUAUGUAACUAUUACCUAAUACUGAGUUUUUGCAACAAAAAAAAAUGAAUGCUCAUAUGUAAUUGAAAUACUUCAGAUCACAUGAAAAUGCUGAUUUAACAUUUAAGGAUCACAGCAUUAAAAGAAAAAGUAAACCAAUCCUUUGUAUUCAGUCACCUAAUGGGUGCCCUUAGUAGGCGGCACCAUGGACCGGAAACUCAGUCCGUGCCACUCUCCUGCGUAACAUUGGCCUUCCUCAUGUAAACCGAGCCACAGGUUUGCCAGAUGGGUGGGCGAUGCGGGUUACGCUAGACUGACCCCGAUGCUCCGGGGUCGGGCCUCUGACGCACCUUUUUCUUCCUGGAGUGCGUAAUCCAGUACAGUAGUUGUGAACUGAGUAAUUAAAACUUUGGCUUCUCUUAGAAAGAGUUCCUAGUCAUAGGUGUCCUAUGGGGAGAUUUAUUUUUUUUAAUGUCCUGUUCCGUAAUGCUGCAAAUUAUCAGUAUUUAUAAAGUACCUGAUUUUGCACCACUUUUUUGUUCCUGUGACCACGGCAGAACAAUGUCUUCUAGACUGUGUCAUUAGAAUGGUAUCUGUUCAUCUUAGCUAUACGAAGAUCACAAGUAACAGUUUCUGAAUCAGAGUUUGCCAGUUUGAAUUCAGCAUGGCUGUAGCUGAUUUAAAAAUUUAUAUCAUUAUUCUUUGCUAGCCUGUCUUACUAAUUGAAUUAUUUAUUGGCCAGUAAAAUGAGCCUUCCAAUUGAUGCUCCAGCAGCUUUUAAGAUCUUCAAGGAACACCAAUUAGGAAAACCUCUCCAGAAAAUACAGAUGUAUUUUAUCCUGUGUAAUUUAAGGGGCAGUCCUCAGUAAUUGGUUUUUCUGAGGCUGUCUUUACAAAUAUCUAAGUGAAAUAAUUCAUGUUCUCUACCGGAAGUAGGGAAAGCAUUUGGUCGCCUCAAAGAGAAAAUCCCUCAGCUGUCAGGAAGGCAGACUCGCCCUGGGACGUGCGGUUAUCAUGGCCUCGUGCUGUGUGUCAGCCGCAGCAUGAGAGCAGUGAUUACACGGAGCCGAGAGAUGGUCCUUUGCCGAGCCGGUUCUCAGAACCUUGCACGGAGCGGCUUCUGCUUGGGCAGCUCCGUGGUAGCGCUAGAGCCUCUCGCAUGGAAGACGGUGCCGUGUGUCAGAGUGAACAUUCGUGUGUCACCAGCGCAGUGCAAGCUGAAGGUAGUUAGAUUUUCUGGGUUUUUGUUUUUAAAGCAAUAUGAAAAUACUCAAAUUUGAAACUUGCAUUUGAAGUUAUGAUUUAAUAUUUUCAUAUUACCAAAACUAUUUGGACGUGGUUUCUGUGUUGCAAAGGUUUAAUUUUACUGAAGGAAGUUACUUAAUGUGAUUUUUUUUAACCCUUGGGGAAAAAAAAGUGAAGAUGUAAACAAUUGUUUAUGAAAGCAUUUCCUUCCUCCUGAGGAAAAGUGAAUUUAUCAGAAUAUCUGGCUGGCCCUGUAAUUUAAAUUAAAAUAAAAUUUUGGAGAAACACCA